AUAAGAAAAAGAAGCACGAGUUUCUCAGAUCAGAAACGUGUUUUGGGGGUGAGAGAGAGCAAGGCACGAGGGCGUGCAGGCAAUGACCUCUGCGGCGCGGUGCAGUGGUGUUGCCGGCGAUAUUCUUGGUGGCUGACGGUGAUUGUAUGUGCGCGUGUUUUUGUGUUCACGAGUGAAUUCACUUGCAUAUAUCACAUGAUGCACCCAAUCAAAAUCAAAAUCAAAAUGCAUUUACAAACUGAAAAUAAGGAAGAGAAGAAACUUACCGGUUGACUCAAUUGGAUUGCUUGCCUUCUUCUGUAGUAUUGUGUGUUUCACCUUCGGCGAUGACCUCUACUUUUAUUAACAGAUAAUGUCAAGGGAAGUAUUCUGGGAGCAAUGAAUGUAGGCAAACGUAUUGGAUCUGUACAAGGUCCAGUCUUCCAGUCCUUUAGCUUACCUACGAUUUCAGAGCUGUUGAGAAAACAACACUGGUCAGAGCUCAAAGGUCAUCUUAGAGCAACCAAACCUGCAAUAUUUCUUGACCAAUUGCUUAAUGCAGGGGUUGAUUCAGAGCUUGUUUUAAGAUUCUUUCGAUGGUCUGAGAAAGAGUUCAAGCUUUCAUAUGGUAUUGAAACGACUAGCAAAGUCUUACAUCUUUUAGCAAAUUCAAAAAGGUACGCUGAAGUCAGGUCCUUUUUGGAUGACCUUGUGAAGAAUGAGAAACAUACAGUUUCUUCUGUUUUUCACUAUCUUUUGUUGGGGGGUGAUCAAUCUCGUGCAAAUGCUCUAAUAGUUGAUAUGUUGGUCCUAGCAUAUGUGAGAAAUUUAGAACUCCACUCUGCGUGUGAAGCAUUUAGGCAAGCUCGGCAUUAUGGAUUUAAGUUAUCACUAAAUUCAUGCAAUCCCUUGUUGACUGCUUUGGUUAAGGAGAAUGAAACGGGGGAAAUGGAAUAUGUGUACAAGGAGAUGAUAAAGAGGAGAAUUCAGCCUAACUUGAUCACAUUUAAUAUUUUCAUUAACGGCCUCUGUAAGGCUGGUAAGUUGAAUAAGGCAGAGGAUGCUAUUGAAGACAUGAAAGCCUGGGGAUUUGUCCCAAACGUAGUUACUUAUAAUACUCUUGUUGACGGGCAUUGCAAGAAGGGCACUGCUGGGAAAAUGUACAGAGCUGAUGCCAUUUUGAAGGAAAUGCUUGCGAAUAAAAUUUGUCCGAAUGAGAUUACCUUUAACACUCUUAUUGAUGGAUUUUGUAAGGAUGAGAAUGUGUUGGCAGCCAAGAAGGCUUUUGAAGAGAUGCAAAAGCAGGGACUGAAACCUAAUUUAGUUACUUAUAACUCAUUGAUAAAUGGUCUAUCUAAUAAUGGGAGGCUAAAUGAGGCUUUGGCUUUGUGGGAUGAGAUGGUUGACUUGGGUUUGAAGCCGAAUAUUGUUACUUAUAAUUCUCUUAUUAAUGGGUUUUGUAAGAAGAAGAUGAUGAAGGAAGCAAGAAAACUCUUUGAUGAUAUAGCUAAACAAGAUUUGGUUCCCAAUGCAAUAACAUUCAAUACAAUGAUUGAUGCAUUCUGCAAAGAUGGGAUGAUGGAAGAAGGAUUUGCACUCCGUAGUUCAAUGCUAGAUGAAGGCAUUUCUCCAAAUGUUUCAACCUAUAAUUGUUUGAUUGCGGGCUUGUGCAAAAAACAAAACGUUAGAGCUGCCAAGCAGCUUCUUAGUGAAAUGGAGAACUAUGGAUUAAAAGCUGAUGUUGUAACAUAUAACAUCUUAAUAGAUGGAUGGUUCAAAGAUGGUGAAUCAAGUAAGGCAGAAAAAUUACUUGAUGAAAUGCUCAACGUGGGUGUGAAACCUAAUCAUGUAACAUAUAACACUUUGAUGGAUGGGUAUUGUAUGGAGGGAAAUCUCAAGGCAGCAUUGAAUGUGAGGAGACGAAUGGAGAAAGAAGGGAAGCGCGCAAAUGUUGUUACAUAUAAUGUGCUGAUUAAAGCAUUUUGUAAAAAAUGCAAGUUAGAGGAUGCAAGUAGGCUUCUUAAUGAGAUGUUGGAAAAGGGUUUGAACCCAAAUCGUACUACCUAUGACAUAGUAAGACUGGAAAUGUUGGAGAAAGGUUUUAUUCCAGACAUAGAAGGGCACUUGUAUAAUAUCUCUAGCAUGCCUUAACAUGAACUUGAGAUGCUAGAUGGAAUUUUGUUAUUAGUGUAUUAAUUACUGUUUAGAGUUCAGCUUCAUAAAAGAUUAACAGAAUAGGUAUAGUAUAUAUUUUUAAGUUAUAUCUUAUUUUUUGCUGUUUUAUCUGGUUGUGCUAUGCAACGCAAUUUGAACAAAUUUUUCAUUGAAUACAUUACGCAACUUCAAUGCGUUAC